CCAAGGAGCUGUUCCUCGGCACCCUGCGCAAGGAAGAAGUUUUUCCUUACCCAGAAAUUAGUAAUGAAGAACUGGCAGAGAUCAACCAGUUUGUGGGACCUGUCGAAAAGUUCUUCAAUGAAGAAGUAGACUCAAAGAAAAUCGAUCAAGAUGCAAAAAUCCCCUCUGAAACCUUACAAGGACUGAAGGACCUGGGUCUCUUUGGCAUGCAGAUUCCAGAGGAAUAUGGUGGGCUAGGCCUGUCAAACACCAUGUAUGCACGUUUGGGAGAAAUCACAUCCCUGGAUGGCUCCAUUGCAGUGACCCUGGCAGCUCAUCAGGCCAUUGGGCUGAAGGGGAUCCUCAUUGCUGGCACUGAGAAGCAGAAGGCCAAGUACCUGCCCCGCCUGGCCUCGGGGGAGCACAUUGCUGCCUUCUGCCUCACCGAGCCUGGCAGUGGGAGUGAUGCUGCAUCCAUCCAGACAAGAGCAACCCUGUGUGAAGAUGGGAAACACUUCCUGUUAAAUGGCUCCAAGGUCUGGAUCUCCAAUGGUGGCCUGGCAAGUAUUUUUACAGUGUUUGCCAGGACAGAGGUUGUGGACAAGGAUGGGCAGGUGAAGGAUAAAAUCACUGCUUUCAUCGUGGAGCGGGACUUUGGGGGUGUCACCCAUGGGAAGCCCGAGGAUAAAUUAGGCAUUCGAGGCUCCAACACCUGUGAAGUACAUUUUGAGAACACCAAAGUGCCUAUAGAGAAUGUAAUUGGAGAAGUUGGAGGGGGAUUUAAGGUUGCCAUGAAUAUCCUCAACAGUGGAAGAUUUAGCAUGGGCAGUGCAUCUGCUGGAAUGAUUAAGAAGUUGAUAGAACUGACAUCAGAGUAUGCUUGUACCAGGAAACAAUUCAAUAAGAAACUCAGCCAAUUUGGAUUAAUUCAGGAGAAAUUUUGUUUAAUGGCUGUCAAAGCCUAUGUGAUGGAGAGCAUGGCUUACCUGACUGCAGGGAUGAUGGACAGGCCAGGCUUCCCUGACUGCUCCGUGGAGGCUGCCAUGGUCAAGGUGUUCAGCUCUGAAGGGGCCUGGGCAUGUGUGAGUGAGGCUCUGCAGAUCCUUGGAGGCCUUGGCUACAUGAAGGAUUAUCCCUAUGAGCGCUACCUAAGGGACACCAGGAUCCUGCUCAUCUUCGAGGGAACCAAUGAAAUUCUGAGAAUGUACAUUGCACUGACAGGGAUGCAGCAUGCAGGGAAGAUCUUAACUGACAAAAUUAAUGCAAUCAAGAAAGGAAACAUGGGAGUGGCCCUGGGGGAGUUCCUGACCAGGUUACAGGACACCCUGGGCAGGAAGGUGGAUCUGGGGCUUGUAGGUGACCGUGGGGUGGUGCAUCCCAGCCUCCAGGAGAGUGCCAAGAAACUUGAAGAAAACGUUUAUUAUUUUGGAACUACAGUCAGGGGCCUGCUAAGUAGGUUUGGCAAGACAAUAGUGGAGGAGCAGCUGGUGCUGAAGAGAGUUGCAGAUGUGGUGAUUAAUUUGUAUGCAAUGACUGCAGCCAUUUCCCGGGCGAGCCGCUCCAUCAGCAUUGGGCUCAGGAACCAUGACCACGAGGUGCUUCUUACAAAUAUCUUCUGCACAGAAGCCUAUUUCAGGAAUAAUUAUGCCAUGGCUCAAUUAGAAAAAUAUGCCGAUGAAAACUUGGAUGAUUCCAUUAAAAAGGCUGCAAAGCAGAUCCUGGAGAAGAGGGCAUACAUCUGCUCCCACCCCCUGGACAGGACCUUCUGAUGCCUCUCUAACAGCAGGUACUGAUGAAUGUAAAUCAGGGAGGAAUUCUCUGCAGUUCCAGUAUUUGACACCUUAAAAACAUCUGCUAUUUAAUGUCUUUACUAAAUGUAACUGUAUAAAAUAAAACUUCUUUCUAACUACAACUUCAUAUGAAAAAGAUAAAUAAAGAUAUUUUAUUUAAAGCUGAA